UUUUUAUUGUUGUUUUUCUGACGUGGUAUUUUCACAACUUAAAAUUUUUUAAUAAUUGCUUUAACGCCUUUAGUGAGAAUAAAUAUAUAACACUGCACACUGACAGUUAGCUAAAACGUUAUCAGCGUUGUAAAGAAUAGUUUGAUCUUGAAGAUGUGUGGAAUAUUUGCUUACCUCAACUAUGGUGUACCACGCAAUAGAAAGUAUAUUUUAGAUACAUUAGUAAAUGGACUUCACCGACUUGAAUAUAGAGGAUAUGAUUCAGCAGGUUUAGCAGUAGACUCUGAUCAAACCACAAGCUGUAAAGUUUCAAUAAUUAAAACCAAGGGCAAAGUUCAAAAUCUUGCUGAUGAGAUAGGGAGUGAAAAUUUCCAAUUUGAAAAGGAGUUUUCGACCCAUCUGGGUAUAUCUCACACUCGAUGGGCAACACAUGGCGUUCCAAGUCCUCUUAAUGCUCAUCCUCAUCGAUCUGACCCUAAUAAUGAAUUUGUUCUAGUUCACAACGGAAUUAUUACUAAUUAUAAAGAUAUCAGCCAAUAUUUGGCUAAAAAAGGUUACACUCUUGAAUCUCAAACUGAUACAGAAGUUAUUGCGAAGCUGUUAAAAUAUAUAUAUGAUCGUGAUCAGGAAUCAGAUAAACCAAUAAAACUUAGCUUUCCUGAACUUGUGGAGAGGACUGUACGCCAACUGGAAGGAGCAUAUGCUCUUGUUUUUAAAAGCAGCAACUUCCCAAACCAAUGCAUUGCAACUCGUCGUGGAAGCCCACUUCUUAUUGGUGUGAAAAGUGAUAAACCAAUAACAGUCGAUCAAAUUCCUGUCUUGUCAACACGUCAGUUAAAUGGUGAAAAAGCUAAUGCUGAACGACAGUGUAAUGGUUUUGUUGGUGAUGACACUUCAGUUAACUCUUACCCAGAAGGUGAGCACUUUCUUAUUGCUGAAAAUGCAGCUAUGGAGUAUUUUUUUGCAUCGGAUGCAAGUGCAAUAAUAGAACAUACGAAAAGAGUUAUUUUUUUGGAAGAUGAAGAUUUGGCUUGGGUGAAAGAUGGAAAUUUACAAAUUGCACGUAUGAACAAUAAAACUUCCCUAACAAGAGAUGUUCAAACAUUACAACUAGAGAUCCAAGAAAUAAUGAAAGGUAGUUAUUCAUCUUUUAUGCAAAAGGAAAUAAUGGAACAACCAGAAAGUGUUUACAACACAAUGAGAGGACGAGUUAACUUUCAAGACAAUACAGUUUUACUUGGUGGAUUGGUAUCACACAUGGAUUACAUUAAAAGAUGCAGACGACUCAUAUUCAUUGCAUGUGGAACAAGUUAUCAUAGUGCUGUUGCUACUCGUCAGUUAAUGGAAGAGCUGACAGAAUUACCAGUUAUGGUUGAGUUAGCAAGUGAUUUCCUUGAUAGAAAUACACCAAUAUUUCGAGAUGAUGUUUGCUUUUUCAUAAGUCAGUCAGGUGAAACUGCAGAUACACUUAUGGCACUUCAUUACUGUAAAAGUCGUGGUGCGUUAGUUGUUGGUAUAACCAAUACAGUUGGAAGUAGUAUAUCACGUGAAACUAUGUGUGGUGUCCACAUCAAUGCUGGUCCAGAGAUAGGGGUUGCUAGCACUAAAGCUUAUACUAGUCAAUUUUUGGCCCUUGUUUUGUUUGCCAUUAUGAUGGCUGAGGACAGAAUAUCAAAGCAGGACCGUAUUAAAGAAAUAAUUCAAGCUUUAAAAGUCUUUCCAGAGUAUAUUUCGGAAGUACUCAAACUUGAUAAUAAAAUAGAGGAAAUUGCCAAGACUAUCAAAGAUGAAAAAAGUCUGUUAGUCAUGGGUAGAGGCUAUCAAUUUGCUACUUGUUUGGAAGGAGCGUUGAAAAUUAAAGAAAUUACCUAUAUGCAUUCCGAAGGCAUUCUUGCUGGGGAAUUAAAACAUGGACCGUUAGCUCUUGUUGAUAAAGAUAUGCCUGUGAUUAUGAUUGCUCUUAAAGACAAAACUCAUGAUAAAUGCAUGAAUGCCCUGCAACAAGUUCUCGCAAGGAAAGGGCGUCCAAUUAUUAUUUGUUCAAAGGACGAUAAUGAAACAAGUAAGCUAGGUUAUAACAGUUUAGAAAUACCGCAAGUGCCAGAUUGUUUAUCUGGUAUCCUUACAGUUAUCCCUUUGCAAUUGCUAUCUUUUCACCUUGCCGUUUUACGUGGUUAUGACGUUGAUUGUCCACGCAAUUUAGCAAAGUCUGUCACCGUGGAAUAGGUUUUGGUCAGAAGUUUUAUAGUUAGAAUUUUCAUGAGAUCGUGAUCCGGAAGAAAUCGGUUGUUAUAAAAAGUAUAUAAUUAAAUUUACUUUUUAAAAAGGAUUUUUUAAUUGUAUAAAUAAUUAUUUUAUAUUAUUUAUUAUUGUGAUUAAGUUUUAUACAUUUUUGAAAACUAACCUAGUAAUUUUUGAUGUUGUGAUGGUUUAUAGAAUUUAUAAAUAUAAAAUAGACUAAAUAUAAUAUCUAUUAA